CGUCAGGAAGAAGAUAAACAAAACAAACCAGAGAGGAAGACGGCGUGGAUUGAGAAGAAAUAAUAUUAAGUUUUCCCAAAGACGAAUAAAAUCGGAGUUGGAGUCUUUUUGUUAUUAUAAUAUAUCUUAAAUCAAGUCAACAGUCAACAGAAGAGGACAGUCCAGCCAUACAUAAACGUGCUGCUAAAUCCUCUGUAUCAAAAGCAAAAAUCUCUUUAAUGCUAAAAAUCAAUUAUCUGCCAGAGAUUGAGGGAAGAACCAGGCGACUGAGACAGGAGAGGUGGCAGAAAAGUUUCCGUCAAGGAAAAGAUCUGUGUUUGGCAAUGCCUCAGCCCAGCAUUAGCGCAAUGGAUCCUCCCUUUGGGGAUGCAUUUCAAAACUGCUCUUUUGCUGAUCAGGCACUGACCAGCACAGACCUGUUGGCCAACAGCUCCGACCCAGACUUCAUGUAUGAAUUGGACAGGGACAUGACUUGUCGCCAAAGCCCAAGAGGAGACAUUUUCACACCAAGCGACUGCAAAGACUUGGACAGCAUGGAUCAUCUACCUGAGCUGGGGGACAACGACCCAGCCUACAGCUCAAACUUUGAGCAAUGGGACACGUACUGGGAGGACUUGACCAAGUACACUCGCCUCACCAGUUGUGACAUUUGGGGCACCAAGGAAGUGGAUUUCCUGGGCCUCGAUGACUUUUCCAGUCCUUAUCAAGAUGAGGAUGUGAUCGGUCGGACACCCACUCUGGCCCAGCUCAACAGUGAGGAUUCACAGCCCGUUUGCGACACCCUUUACCAUCCGGACUUGUUGGGGGGUCAAAAGCUGCCUUUGUUUCCUCCUCCUACUGCGGCCAAGAAAUGCAACAGGCUAAGCAUUUCCGCAACCAGCACGGCAGCCAGUCGCAAUGCCCAGCCAGGCUUCACUGAGGGAUCUCAGAAAGCCACCUGGCCUGUUGCGUCCAGCACUGAGACAGUGGCCAGGUUGCAUGGGCUUAGCAAAGCCUCACCUAUGACGAACAAUACCGAUUACGUACGUAAAGCCAAGGUUCGCAUCAGCGUACCACGCAAACCUUCGGUAGAGCGCUUUACACAGCGAGUUAGUGUUUCUGCCACCUCCCCUCUAGUCCAGGAGUCAACUGUUUCAAUAGUCAGCGAGGACCUGAUUGCCACCCCUAACACGGCAUCCUCCAUCACCUCCCUGGCUUGUGAAAAGUUAGUUGAGACUCCUAAGCGAGAGGUUCCUGUUGGCCCUGGCCCAGAGGGUGGGAUGUUGAGGGUGGAGCCACCCAAACUUCACUUCCCUGCCACUGGAGGCACUGAAACCUUGCUCACCGUGAGUGCCCUUGGAGCCGAGGCCACUGCCACUGAAAAAACAAAAGAGGAGGAGCACAACUACUCCUUGUUUUUAACCAGGGCCAGACUGGCAGGGAACUCGACUGUUGAGAUGGAAGUGGAGGAGGAGGAGGAGGAAGAAGAAGAAGAUGAGGAGGAAGGUGAAGAGGAGGAGGAGGAAGAAGAGGAGGAGGGAGAGGGAGUGGAACUAGAUGACGAAGAUCAUGACGAAGGGUUUGGCAGUGAACAUGAGCUCUCAGAGAAUGAAGAAGAUGAGGAAGAGGAUGAUGAAGAUUAUGAGGGUGACAAAGACGAUUAUGUUAGCGAUGCAUUCUCAGAGCAAGGAUGUGACACUGAUAUGGUUGAAGAUGUCAAAGGCCUCACGGCUGGAAUUUCCAGGAAGAGGGGUAAGCGUCGAUACUUUUGGGAAUACAGCGAGCAGCUCAUCCCAUCCAAACAAGAGCGCAUGCUGAAACCUUCCGAAUGGGACAGAGACACUCUGCCCAGCAAUAUGUACCAAAAGAAUGGCCUUCACCAUGGAAAAUACACACUGAAGAAAUCCCGACGGACAGACGUGGAAGAUCUCACUCCAAACCCCCGGAAACUGCUGCAGAUCGGCAAUGAACUCCGGAAACUAAAUAAAGUCAUCAGUGACCUGACACCUGUUAGUGAGCUUCCUCUAACCGCUCGACCUCGCUCACGAAAGGAGAAAAAUAAGCUUGCAUCCAGGGCCUGCAGACUGAAGAAGAAAGCUCAGUAUGAGGCCAACAAGGUCAAGCUAUGGGGCCUUGGCACUGAAUACGAUCGAUUGCUAUUUGUCAUCAAUGCUAUCAAGGAGGAAAUCGUCAGCAGAGUUCAAGAUGUCUCACAUGACAAAGGUACAAGUAUGGCAGAGAAACUGGACAAACUCAUUGAAGAAACCCUAGUGCAGCCACCAGUGGCCAGCCAGACAUCAGACUUCGUCAACCAGAUUCUGGAGAACACCGGUAAAGGGGAUCCGACCGGAGGGCUGGUAGGAUUGCGCGUGCCCACCUCGAAGGUGUAACUCCAUCCUGGGCAGGCACCUGGAAGCACACACACGAGCCUGGAAGCCAUCCACGCGCCAUCCUUGUCCCACACUGUAACGGCCCGACACUCUGCAUGCCCAUUUCACUUUGAAGCGCACCCUCUCGAUUAUAGUGAAUAUGUGCAUACGACGCCCUACUGUCUGUGCAUAUGUAUGUAUAUAUUCACCUCCUGCGCACCAAUGGAGAUGAACCAAGUAGUUAACCUUUGCACUCAGUAGUCUGUUUCCUACCAUGUGUGCAUGUGGCUGGUAUUGAUCACCAUCAACAGGCCACCAUGUGUCAGACGUAAAAGCCAAUAUACGACAUACCUCCUACAAACGAGAGAGAAGGAGAGAGAGAAAAUAGCAAAAAGUUGAGCACCAGUUUUUGCUGUAGCCAUUUUCCUCUUGCGUCCAGCUAAAUCUUUUAAAUGCCCAUUCAAGAGUUUCGGAAGGCAUUCGUUCCUUUGAUUUAGCGGUCAAAAAAGGUGCAGACUUUAAGAGGUUUUAAACACGGCAUGUACGUUUUCAUUCUAGCUAAGCCUACUUUUUACACUCGCUAAUCUCUCAGCCGUGGACAGAAGCGUUUAGGCGGGAUAACUGGUAGACUUUGGUUUUUCUGAUGUUGUAUUUUGAGGGAUUUCGAGGGUUGUAGUUACCACACACCAACUACAACUGUGUAGCCGAAAGUUGCUCAAAGAUGUUCGGUGUGUGUGUGUGUGUAUAUAGGACAGGGAGUCGAAUGUGAGGAAAUGUUUAUUUUCCACAUAUCGUCUCAGGUUGGAGAGAUCAAGAGAAAGUAUUUAUCUUUCUUUUAUUUGACUCUUAAGCAGAUGGUGAGGUAAAUCCCACAUUGUAAAUAAGCAGAACGAUGAUUAUCCACCACCGGUGCACCAACGGAAAUCUGUUCCUUUAUAUACUUUGGUCGAAGUGCCCUCAUGUCAAAUCGCCCUUGUUGUUGUUUCGCAAAUUCUCAGUGAUGGGGCUUAAAAAAAUUUGAUUCCCAUAUGGGGUUUUGUUUAUAUUUGUACUUUAUAAAAGUAAGACUCAUUGUGCCUUGUAAUUGCGGAGCGAAAUAAAACUCAGACGAGGGCAAAUGGACCAUUUUGCAGGAAGCACGUAGUCGAGUCGGGCGAAGGUCUUGCCUGGGGUUUGUAAUGUAAUUCAGCUCUUCAAAGAUACUCUGAAUGUACAUAGGAACAUGGACAAUAUUGAUAUAUGCCACAGAGUCUGUGCUUUGUAUCAUAAGAUGGCUCUGACAAAUUAACUUUUGGUACUUCAAGAUGGGGGGGUUGGGGGUGGGCGGUGUCGUAAUAUAAGAAAUAUACACGUAUAAGAUACAAAAAUGAUAUUUGCACACUAUAUUUUGAUUGUUUUGUUUUUGUACCAAAGACACAUGCAACUUAAAAUGGCACUUAGCCAGUCUAAGUAAGGUUUUGCACAGCUUACCUGACACCGUCUUGAAUGUAGGAAAAAAAUGGUAGGGUCAGGGAUUUCUAAUGAACUGUGAAAUAUGUUUGGGUCCAAUUCUCUAAAGAAAGAAGCAUUCAUUUGCAUCCUCAUAGAUGUUUGUACUGUUCUCUUUUGUUGAAGCAUUUGUAACACAUUAGUUAGUAUAGUAGUUUAGUUUCCCUAUGCUAAUUUUUUCUGCAUACUCUAUUUUUGCCCAUAAGAAUGAAAAACCAAAAGAUUUAAUAUUCCGAUUUGAUUUUGUCAAUUUUAAAUGAUUCAUUCAAGUCUUGUCUUAUUUAUAGAUUGUUAAGGCAUUACAUCAGUAAUAAGACAUUUUUACUCUAAAUAUUCUUGAAAAACGAAAUGAAAAUGUUAAAUUUCCUAUAUUUUUGUAGAGAUUGCUUUUACCUUUACAUUCAGUGUUGCCCACAGUUACCUUGCAAGGACAAUUCAGAUGCUACUCUUUAAAGUUGUUUAAAGAUUCGUUGUCAUUUAAAUCCUUAUUCUAAAGUUUUUGGAAGGGGUAGUUUUACUUAACCAGUUAAAAUGUCCAGGCCAAAAAAAUGAAAUAAAAAUAAACAAUGAAACCUGUUGUUAGGACCAUAAAAUUGAUUUUAAUUGUGAUUAUUUCUAUGACAGAUAAAAUUACUUUAAUGUAAAAGCAAGCUGUUAUAUUCAUUUCAAAGCGUAAUAUAAAUAUUACUGUGAUGUAGCUUGCUUAUACAAAAUUUACAAUUUAAAUAAUAUAUCACAGUAAUAAAACAUGAUAGGGUGGUAUGUGCUUAACUGUAAUGAAAGUUUCGCAAUGCACACACACACACACACACACCUAAAAAUAAGCUAUUUCUGUAUGCAAAACACAAUUUCCCAUUUGAACUAUGAACCAGACUCUACCACCACAAUCUUUUGACUGCUGAAGAUUUGUUGCGUCUGAAAAUCUCCAGUUAGAUUUGUUAAUAGCCCUAUUUAAAGUGACUUUAUUUCCGACGCUGAAACUAUAGCGGAGAAGUUUGUUGCGGCGAUAUCAUUUUUAUCAAAGAAGGGAGAAUAUUUUUCCUUUGAAUUCUAAGACUUUUGUAAAGAGAUAUUUUUCUUUAUUUGCUUAUAGUAAAGCUUCUAUAUACCGUCCAUUACGUGUCGUUAUUUCAGUUAUUUUGCGUUUUUUUUGUACAUAGAAAUAAAUUUAGAUUUAUUCUAAAUAAAUAGUAUAUACCGUAUAUAUCUUUAAAUAUUGUAUGUUCUAUAUUACAUGUAAGAAAGCAAAAGCACUUUGUCUAAACAAAACAAAAACAAAACAAAAAAAAUCUUUCCCCCUUCCAUUUGCUGCUAUAAAGACCUCGUUUGAAUGCUGCGGUGCGUACUUGACUUUUUACCAUCCUGACCAGGGCAGUGUGACAGAGAGAGAGAGAUUAUGAGUAAAGACGGACUUUCGUCUGCGUCUCAUCGACUAGCGUGGACGUCACAAUCUUCAUUUGCCUUUAGUAGACAUUUCCUAUGGAAAAAUACUGCUUUGGAUUUUUCUUCAGGUCGAUGUACAGUGUUGACACCUUCUCUUUGACCAGAGAUGGGUAUUGUUGUCGUUGAUUUUUUUUUUAAAAGGUAAUUUUUUACUUGCCGGGGAAAAUCUGAGGUAUUUUGAGAAAGUAGCUCAGAAAAACAUAGAGUAUAUCUAUAUAUAACUAUAUAAAUAUCGCUGUACUGUAAGGCAGUUCCAUUUGCCAUGGGGAAUCAAUUGGACUAAGAUGUUUGUUAUUGUUGUUAUUUUGUCUGUAAGAUCACCCAUCCAUUCUUAAAAGACGACAAAGCCACAUGUUGUGGCAUCAAAACCGGCCUUUCUUGUGCCAUCAACAGCUAAAAGCUUUUUCCGUGUGGCAUUAGCGUACAAUUUUGACAAUUGUUUUGUAAAAAAUAAAAAAAUGAAUGGCAAUGAGUAUAGAUGGAUUGAAAUGCAUGUUGUCCUUUUGUCGUUGACCUGCUGUAUUGAGAGCAAUUGUUUGUUGCUGCUCUCACAUUCAACAUGAUGGUAGUGAGCUGUGCAAUUUUGGGGGGUUUAACCAGGGGACUCUGUGGCAUUCAAACAGUUAAGGAGAAGGUUGCUAUUUAAAGCCAGUAUUUUAUUCUGUCUUUCUUUUUUGCUGUUAAUGUUUUAUAUAUAGAAAGAUACACAAAAAAAAUAUCUAUACACAAAUGUGUUUUUUUUUUUUUUGCUAAAUAGCUUGAGUUAAUAAGCUUGCUAUCACAUUAGUGCAACUUGACACAAGAAGCAUAGGAAAUGACUAUUUUGUAAACCUGCCUUUAAAAAAACCACAAUCUCACGUUGAUCUUGAAUAUACUUUGUAUAGUUCACCAUUUAUAUAACAUUUAGUUGUAUUGCUUACUUAGAGUAGUUCAACAUUUAGCAUCAUAUUUCUUUUUCAAAGGGAAAUCUGUAGCUUUGUGUUUCUGAAUAGUCUUUUAGUUUGGUUAUUAUAAUAACAUUUGCCUGUUUUUCUAGAUCGUGCGCAUUAUUAUUUCGAGUCGCCCAAAUCACGACAUGCUAUUUCUCUCAAAAUACAUCAAAUGUACUGAAAAAACAAAGAGUAAGCUAUUAAAUCCAUUCUUUGAUUGUUUUGUUAUUGUCUGCAUAUUGUCGAUAAAAAAUAAUUUAGGAUGUAAAGCUGCUAAAUCGUAUUGUAAAAUAGAGAAUCGAAUAUCAUUCCCUGUUACAUUCAGCAUAUACCUGUAUGCCUAAUUCUCAAGCAACAACUUUUCUCAAUUGUUAAUCAAUAAAUGGAUCUUACGCCACUGUCUGUCUCAGACGGCAGAUGACUCCGGGCCCGAUCCGGCCCGGAGUCGUUUGCUGUCUGGGACGUACCGCAAAUUGAAUACAGUUGGAUCUCACUAGAUAACUCGCGUUCAAAAAUGGCUACAGUAUAUAUAUGUAUAUUAAAUAAGCAUUUACACUUUUCAGUUAUGCCUGUUUGUACAGAUGUGUUUUUGAUAUCUUAGAAAGAUUCCUCUUAUUGGUGCACUAUGCAGGUUUUACUCUGUAGUAAGACAGGAUGUUGCUUUAGUUUACAGCACUUAUUUUUGUAACAAUUGUAUCUGAUUGAUUAGUAUUGUAAGUGUCUUUGUAAAAGUGGUUCUUAUAGAUGGUAAACAACAUGUUGGUAAACAACAUGAUGAUGACUAAGCUGAGAAAUCUUAUGAAUUUUUGAUACGCCUGCUAAAUAAAAACGCUCUUUCCAAUGUAUUUAACCCUUUUGAAUGUUGUAACUUUGUUUUUGGUUUAUUUAAACUUUGUGCUGUCAUUUAAUGGACCUCUUUACGAAUCAUGAACGUUUUGUUGCUCUGUAUCUUGUGUAAUUGUUUAGAUUCACAUGCAUACGGUGACUUUCAGAUACGCUUGCAUAACGUCGCUAUAGGGUUUAGCAGCAGAUGAAAAUGACAAAAAAAAGCAUUCCUACAUUUCACAUCUCCCGUUUUGUCUGUAUGCUACACUCGUUCCCUUUUCUAGUGAUAUUUGCAACCAUUGAUGGAGUUUGCAUAUACACGGCAUGACUAUUAUGCAUGCUAACCUUGAACUAAAUUGAUGUUCAUGUAAAUGACGGACAUUGGGGCAAAGUGAAAUCUCGCUGUCUUUAUUCUAACCAAUGAGCACAAGUGAGAAAAGAAAUGUAUGGUAGGCACAUAUACUUUUAUGUAGACCACGUCCAUUGCUCUACAGCUUUCUGUACCGUUUGCGAGUACCACGAGGUGAAAUGACCCACGUUGCACUUGGUUUUACAAAAUUUCCAAUGUUAUUUUUAAAAUGAUGCCUGCAAAAUCAGGUGCCUUAUUCAGAUGUGUAAAUCCAAACUUGAUCUAUUGAAGUUUUUUACAGAGAUGAGAUUUUUGCCCAAUAUGCCAAGAAUUAAAACUAAAUUUCUCUUGAUUUCUUUAUUUUAAUUUAUUUUAUUUUGCUGUUCUUCUGCUGUGUCGAGCAGCAAGCUUGCUUCAGAUGGAAACUGUUGCUGCUUUUGCCCUCAUACAGUUUUCAUUUUAAGAUGAAUGUAGUCUUCCUUUAAUGGAGUUCAAUAUGACUAAACAAGUCAAUAUGUAAAGACUAUGUCCCAUGUGUUUUGGUUGAGAGACUAUCCAAAGAGUGCUGCAAUCAUAGACUCGUUUUGAACUGUUUGUAUCAUCAAUAUACGUAUAUAUUUAUAUACAUAUAAACCACAUCUUUAUUUGUCUUGAUUUCUUUUGUAUUUAAGCUCAAAACAGUAGAUUUAAAUAGCUUUUUUUCCUUUUAUUUGCCAUGUCCUGUACUUCUUUAGAGAUUUUUCUUAUUUGGUAAAAGAAGUUUGUUCCAUUAUAACAUUUUGUAUGUUUUAUUUGAAACCUGUUUAACUGAUGCGAUGGCUCGCGAGUCUCUACAAAAGCCCACGGAGCGGAGCUUUGCAAAGACGAUGUCAAACCUUGUCAACAUUGUGUCCCCUCACCAACGCUCAAGAUUAUUGUGCCUCCCAAUUCUUCUGGAUUUACUGUUCCUCGGAUCGUAGGCUAAGACUUUUAUACGGAGCAGAGUCACUCACCAUCGAACAGAAAUGGCCUUCAACCGUUGUUCUGCAAUGAACAAAAUCAAGGUUUUCCAACGACACAAAUAAAGGUGCGCAUUGUUCAGCCUGGAUUGUUCUGUGACCGGAUUGCAUCUUGGCGGGCGGGAAGUCUCGGCGGACUGGGAAACCACUCGCAGAUGUUCCAGUUGGAAUGGGGAUGCUCUUCUUGCACUCGUUCACUCCCUCAGAGAAAAGUCGAGUCUUCUUUGGUUUCUGCUGCACGGAGAAAAGAAGAAACUCUUUGUUUUAUUGGGUUCAAAAAAAAACUUUGGACAUUGGGUAGGAGUCCUGUCUCGCCACCCAUGGUGCUGAAUUUCAAAAUAUGUACUUGAACACCCUCAGUGACAUGAGAGCUGUGACUUGGCACCUGUCGUCAGGUUCACGAACUCCUCUCCCCUUCCCCGAUCUUACCCUAGGAACCGUUCCAAAAGGUUGCUCUUAUGACAUCUGCUCAAGCCACUGCAACACCUGUGCCAAGACCUGGCCCCUGUUGGGCACUCAUAGUGGACUUGGACCGAACCAGUGGUCGGGUGGGAAAAGGGGCACGCAAAUGUAGCGGUGAUAACUUUGUUUGUUUGUUUGUUUUUUAUGUUGAGGAAGACAUGGAGAAGCUAGUAGGGUCACUUGGACUGUUGGGCCCAGAUCUCUUUGCACUGACGUGCACCGGAAACACUCGAAAGCUACCUUAAAAACCAAAAGAAAUCUAGACGACGACCCUUGCGUCUGUCCAACCGUACACUUGUGAAUGCGCUGCAAUUUGCAUCCCCGUACAACUUUGCCAAAUUUUUACAUUUAAACGACGAAAUUGACUUUGGAGAUUAGAAGCGAAAACUUAACCGGGGCCACCAAAUUUUUUCUUUUUCUGUUUUUCUAUUCUUUUAUUACCCAUACAACAUUCAAUUUACAAUGAUUGACGGAAUUGUCAUCCAUUUAAGAAAAAGGAAAAACACAAUAGGUGAACUUGUGCUUCUGAUGUUGUAUGGUAUUCUACUUGAUAACUUAGCAUGGGAUCCUUCAGUAGCUAGUAUUGUGUUCGUAUCCCCCAGGUGUAAAAUCUCUCCUCCUUUAUUUUUUUUUCUUUCCUAGUCACAGAAGAAAGGCUGUGUUUCAUUGCUAAUUGCUCUGUCAUAGGUCUCUUGGUGAUUUUUUAAGCGAAACUCUGCAGAAGUGUAUCCUACUGAAACUAACAGUUACUUGAUUCUAUUAGCAAUGUCUAUAUUUGUAGUUCACAUAUAUGCCUGUUCAAAUACAAUAUCUUGACAGUGGUUCUAUUUAUGUUUCAGUGUUGUGCUGGGUUUUGACAUUUUACUUUCACUUUUGUUUUCGGCACAACUAGUUGGAGAACAGCCCGAGCUCUGUUAGUGUACAGAUGUGAAGUUAGGUGUAAAAGCAGUUGUGAUUAAUCUUCAAAACGUGUCUGUUUCUGUUAUUGUGCCUCUUAUUAUUUGAUUUGGAUUUUUGUAUUAUCCUUUAUUAUGUCACUGCAUUGUAUCAGCCCGGAGUUGGUACCACAAUUCUGCUUGUAACCAUGAUAGUCUAAUUCUGUUAUUGAUUUUACUAUCAGAAAUAAACUAGAAACUGCAGCA